UUUUUUAAAUUUAUUUAUACUUUUUGCAAAUUUUAUAACAUAAAGCGCUCUACAUUGAAAAUUUCCUUAUAAAAUUUAACGUCACUUAAUGCACUAGUGGGAAUGCGUAUAGAGAAAAUGACUCUUCUAUAAUGAAAAAGCAUAAAUAUAAACUCGACGACAGUUUCGUGAAUCCGCGUAGAAAUGACACAAGAAUACGAAAAAACACCCAAUCCCGAAAAUAUUGACGAAAUAUUAGUCCAUUUAUCUAGUGGCUGCAAUGUGAGAAAGAUAAACUUAUCUAAAACCAGAAAAGUAGUUAGUAAAAAAUAUCUGGUGCUUGAUGAAGAUAAAACUGCAUUUCGAUAUAAGCCAUCAGUAAAAGGAAGUAAUUUUAAAAUUUUGAUCGCAGACAUUACUGACAUAAAUGUUGCUGAGUCAUUUGAAACAAAAAUUUGUUUUAAGAAGAAAUUGCUUCAUCAGUUUAUUGUGACUUAUAAAGAUGAUGAAAAUAAAACGCAUAAGUUAGGAUUCUUUGUAGAAGAUCAAAAUGAAGUGAGAUUUUGGAGCUCAGGUUUACAAUAUUUAUCAGAUGAGUUAAAAAAACCAGAAGAUCCUAUUGUAGACGAUUGGUUACGUGAAGCAUUUGAUGCCGCUGAUGUCAACAAGAAUAGUUUACUAGGUCUUAAAGAAAUUUCUCAGCUAUUGAACUCUUUAAACAUAUCCAAGGAAAAUUUGGAUGUAAAGUUAAAGUUUCAAGAAUGCUGCAAUGAAGAAAAAAAUAAUGAAAAUGGAAAAUUAACACGUAAUGGAUUUGCAGAAUUUUUCAAGUUCUUUUCUUUUGAUAAAAAUGAAGUUUCUAGCAUAAUCAAGGAGUAUGGAAGAACUAUUUUUGGAAAAACUUGUUUAAAUGCAGAAUCUUUGCAGAAAUAUUUUAGAGAAGUACAGCAGCAAAAUUUGAGUCUGGAGGAAUGCAAGAAAAUAAUUUCAAAACAUGAUGAGAAUAGAGGUUCUUAUCUUUCAGCUGAAGGAGUAAUAAGAAUGUUAAUCUCUGAGGAAAACGACAUUCUUGAUCCAAUACAUAAAAAUAUUCAUCAAGAUAUGACACGACCUUUAACUGAUUAUUUUAUUAACUCGUCUCACAACACGUAUCUAUUAAAUGAUCAAGUUUUAGGCAUGUCUAGUACAAAAGCAUAUGAGAAAGCUCUAAAAAAAGGAUGUAAAACUUUAGAAUUGGACUGUUAUGAUGGAGAAAACAAUGAACCAAUUGUCUAUCAUGGUUUUACUUUAACAUCUAAAAUUCUUUUCAAGGAUGUAAUUGAUACAAUUGCAAUGGGUGCAUUUGUACAGUCAGAGUAUCCAGUUAUUUUAUCUUUCGAAAAUCAUUGUUCACCCGAGCAGCAAAUUGUCAUGGCGCAGCAUUUAAAAGAAAAACUAGGAAAAAUGCUAUUUGAUGGAGAUGUGGAUUUAAAUCAAACUAAGCUUCCCUCACCAGAAACAUUAAAAGGAAAAAUUUUUAUAAAGGCAAAAAAAAUUCAAAAUACAGAAGUUACUGAUGAUGACACUAGUGAAACAAGUCUUAAGAAUCGUCAAUCAAAAACUAAACAGAAAAUUAAUGUGGCUAAAGAAUUUUCUAAUAUUAUAAAUUAUGUGGAGUCCAUUACUUUUAAGUCACUGGAUGAAGGACUUGCUACUCAAAAGUAUUUUCAAAAUGUAUCGCUCGGAGAAAAGAAACUAUUGCAGCUUGGUAGAGAUGAACCUAAAAAGUUAAUUGAGUAUAGUAAUAAAUUUUUGGUGAGAACAUACCCUAAAGGCUCAAGAAUAGACUCAAGUAAUUAUAACCCAACAAAAGGUUGGGUGUAUGGGUGUCAAAUAGUUGCAUUGAAUUUUCAAACCCCUGGUGAAAUGAUGGACAUUAAUGAUGGCAUGUUUGCUUUAAAUGGGAAAUGUGGGUAUGUUCUUAAACCUGAGUGUUUAAGAAGUGGUAAUUUUGAUCCACAAAAUAUUGAUAAAUCAAUAAAUGGUGUUUGUAAAGUUUUUAUCAAGAUUAUAAGUGGUCAUCUGCUUCCAAAAGCUUCAAAAGAUGAAACUAUACCAGAUCCUUAUAUCAGAAUAAACAUACAUGGUAUCCCUAAAGAUGAAGUUCUGGGAAAAUUUAUCACAAAAAAAGUAAAAAGAAAUGGUUUCAAUCCUCAAUGGAAUGAAGAUUUUCAAUUUGACUUGUAUGCACCUGAACUAGCGCAUAUUAGAUUUGCACUCUGUGAUAGUGACAUGGGAGUUGAUGAUUUUAUUGGCCAGUACUCUAUACCUUUUUCAGCCAUAAGAACAGGUUAUCGAAGGGUGCCACUACUUAAGCGAUCAGGUCAUCCAAUUAAAAAUGCUUCGUUUUUGGUUUUUAUCCAAAAAAGUCUUGCAAAAUAGUAAUGCGUAGCAAAGACUAUAAAAUGCUGUUUCACAUUAGAUUUAUUUGAAGUACAUAUAUAAAGUAUGUAUUUGGAGUACGUAAAUGAAAUAUGUAUUUGACGUAUAUGUGAAGUAUGUAUUUCGCAUAAGGUGUGCUUGAAGCAUUAAAUUUAUGACCUUUUUUAUAAAAAAUAGUAUAUAUUUCAGGUUUAUUAUAAAUUUUAUUAGCUAGAAUAACUAAUUUCUUAUUCUUCGUUUUUUAAAAAACAAUUUCACAUAAUAC